AAGUGCCAAAAGAAAAACAAAUUAAGGACUCAAGUGCAAUAAUACUAAAUGAUCAGACACAAACCGCCCACUAUAUUUACAUAGAGAAAGGCUUCCAAGUCCACCGCAAAUCUCAUUUGUUCCAUUACAAGUUUACAGCGAUACUUUUCUUUUUCUCUCUUCCGAUUUACCUUCUCACUUCUCACACCGUCCGUACAUCAAUGGCUACCGAAGCGGAGAAGGCAAGCGACCAUACUCCUUCCAUUGAACCCCUUACCAAGACCGCCGACCCACUACCCCCACUACAAGAUCCCAAACUCGAUGAUGUCCCCGAAAAGGAGCUUGACGAUGGCUCCAAGCCUUAUCCAGCUGACUCCUCCGCCACCGAGAACGCUACUGCGCCUCCCUUCUCCGAUAUCGAGAAGAAGAUCCGGAGAGCCGAGCGUUUUGGGAUAACUGUGCAACUAUCUGAGGUAGAGAGGCGCAACUCUCGAGCUGAAAGGUUUGGCACUGUCGCAGGCUCUGCUUCCCCAACCCCAUCUGCUGCCGCUGGAUCAGAGGUGUCGAAGAAAUCGGAGGAGCUUAAAAGAAAAGCUAGAGCAGAGAGGUUUGGCAUUCCUAGUCCGACAGUAACUUCUGAUGAGGAGAGCAAGAAGAAGGUAACUUCUGACCAGGAGGCCAAGAAAAAAGCUCGCCUUGCAAGGUUUGCACCUGCCUCCAAAACUGACCCUAUAGAAGACGACAAAAGAAAAGCAAGGGCUCUCAGGUUUUCAACCACCCCAUCAAAUUCUGUUCCUCAAGUGAAUGGAAAGUCCAACAUUGAGAAGAGUGCAGCUAUUGCUGGCGAGGCUGGGGGAGAUUGAACAUCAAUAUCUUCCUUAGAUAGUCUAGGUCCUAACAGUCUGGAUUCCCUCAUUUUUUUCUCGUUUACUAUGUGUCUUGUCUGCUUCCCGUUAUAUGGAUACUCAUGUGCAGCCUUUCCGUUGUUGGAUACCUUCACCAAAGUAAAUUUAACAGGAUCUCGGCCGCAGUAGGAGUUUUCUCUCAGUUGAAUAUGCCUGUCACUUUUACCCAGUGAGGUCUUGAAUUUAGUAACACCUACAUAAAGUUAGCUUAUCUUGCAAUCUAUUAAGAAUAUCAGAAAUUCAGAAAUUAACAGUAGGACAAGUUGUGUCAAUUUUAGCUACUAUUUUGGUUAGCUUACUCUUUAUUUUUGGUUCACCUCAUUCAUAUUAUUCACGUGCAUAUCAUCUUCGGCAACAUCUCAGUGCUUCAUAGUUCAUUUAGAUUCAUAUCCAUGAUGCUGUGUGGUGAAUGAUAUUGCUAAGUUUGCUUUGGUUGCAGUUGAUCAAAGAAUAUAUAUGUCCUGAGGUUUACUGGAUUGCUUCAAUUAGGUGUUUCAUGUUGCUAGUUUAGUUACCCUUUAUCAAUUUGGUGGAGUAAAAAAAAAGCUCAGUUUUUACUUUAAUUAGAAGCAAUUUUCUUGCUUCCUUGCAUCCUUGCAUUGUUCAUGCUAUCUCCUCAAAUUUUCUAACUGUUUAAGAAUGAGUCAAUCCAUCUUAUAAACCCUCUUACUCUCAAUCUAGUAGGAAAAGGUUUUAAAAAACAAAGAGAAAAAAGGAAGACAUGGAAAAGCAGGAAAAAAUAUCACAUUGUUUCUGGUAAGACCAAAGAGUAUACAAGGCUGUACCAUUAUGUUGACUGAUAUAUGUCUGAAGGUUGUGCUAACAAGAACUGACUAUUAUUAUUAUGUUAUUAUUAAUAUUUUUAUUUUUACUAUUAUAGUGUUGAUGUGCAUUUCAUUUGUUUCAUUUGCUUAGAUGCCAUUUCAAAUUGUAUUAGAAAAAAAAUUGCUUUGCCAUGAUACAAGCAUGUCAAAAUUGGUUUGGCUGGCUAAUGUGUUUGUCAGAUGAAAUAACCUGUUUGAACUUAUUAUUGGCAUUUGUUUGAAUCUUUUUGUGCUUUGGUAGUUGUUAGUUAUGGAAUUUCUGAUAGUCUUAGUUGGUUAGUUGGGAUAAGUGAACUCUUUGGAGGUGUUGGUUACUUUUCUCGGCUUACUGGGUGAAUUAUUCAAAUCUUGAAAGACAGGAGAGUUGAAUUCAAUUAUGGUAUAUCUAAGCUGAGUUGAUUUUGUAGUUUUUUUUUUAUUUGUAUAUGAAGAUUUCUUCAUUGCAGAAUUUCACAAAUAUAUACCGUUCUGUAUCAGAAUUCUUGUGUUAUUCUUUUAUAUCAUGUAAUGGGUGAAAAGACCAGACUACUUUAAUGUGAGGGAAUGAAACAUUAAACUUUAUUCUA